CUUCGGUCAGAUGGUAAAUGACCAGAGCGAGAGGCUGAUGGACUCAGCAUACAGCAGUGCGUGGGUGGACUUCGACGCUCGAUCCAGACGCAGCCUGCUCACCUUUUCAAUGGUGGUCGGGCAGCCGCUGAAAAUCAAAGUGGGAAAGAUGUACACGUUGAACAAAGAGACAUUUUUGCAGGUGUUAAAUGGAUCGUAUGCCAUGUUCAACAUGCUUUAUGGAUCUCAAAGUAGCAAAUAACGUCCCAUUUUUCUACAUUGGCAUCAAAAACUCAGCCUACAUCUCAACCCAAGGAUUUCCUCCGUUUUGCACAAGUUUGGAAAAAAAUGACACACCUGUAUAAACAA